GGAUGGGAUUCGCCUCCGGACCCCGCUGCCUUUCCCCAGCCGGUGUUCCUUCCUCCCUCCUGCUUCACUCUAGAUCCAUUCCUCCGCGCUCACUGUCUCGCUGCCAUUCUGUUCCACCCAUCCAUUCGCAGCAGGGUCCUUGCCCUUCCUGUCCAGCUUGCUCAUCCUCUUUAUACUAAGCCUUGGUGUUCUUGCUGUCCUUCCUUGCCACAUUCCCUACCACACCCCUCCUCCUUCCUCAUUCAUAGCUUUCAAGCUCUUUGCCUCCGAUAAACUUUCUCAGUUGUAGACGCCGAAGAGUGAAGUAGCUCGGCUCCAGUGAGGAUUGGAUGGUGAGAAAAGGAAAGAUUCCUGUGAGAAGAGAUCAGGAUGAACGGAGAGAUCUGUGUUUAAAGUUGGGCCAGGUGAAAAUGAUCUCUUUGAAAGUAGAGAUCUGAGCAGAUGAAAAUACAACCAGGAAAAUGCAACAUGGCAGCAGCAAUGGAAACAGAACAGCUGGGUGUUGAGAUAUUUGAAACUGCAGAGUGUGAGGAGGGAACUAUUGAAUCACAGGAUCGACCUAAACUGGAGCCGUUUUAUGUCGAACGAUAUUCUUGGAGUCAACUAAAAAAGCUGCUUGCUGAUACCAGAAAAUAUCAUGGCUACAUGAUGGCUAAGGCACCUCAUGAUUUUAUGUUUGUGAAGAGGACGGAUCCAGAUGGUCCUCACUCAGACAGGGUCUAUUAUCUUGCCAUGUCUGGUGAGAACAGAGAAAAUACACUAUUUUAUUCUGAAAUCCCUAAAACCAUCAACAGAGCAGCAGUCUUAAUGCUUUCUUGGAAGCCUCUUUUGGACCUUUUUCAGGCGACACUAGACUAUGGGAUGUAUUCUCGAGAGGAAGAGCUCCUCAGAGAAAGAAAGCGCAUUGGAACCGUGGGAAUCGCAGCUUACGAUUAUCACCCCGGAAGUGGAACGUUCUUGUUUCAAGCUGGUAGUGGAAUUUACCAUAUCAAAGAUGGAGGCCCACAUGGAUUUACGCAACAACCUUUACGGCCCAAUUUAGUGGAAACUAGUUGUCCCAAUAUACGGAUGGAUCCCAAAUUAUGCCCUGCUGAUCCAGACUGGAUAGCUUUCAUUCACAGCAACGAUAUCUGGAUAUCAAACCUCGUAACCAGGGAAGAACGGAGGAUCACCUAUGUGCACAAUGAGCUAGCCAACAUGGAAGAGGAUCCCAGAUCAGCUGGAGUUGCUACCUUUGUUCUUCAAGAAGAAUUUGAUAGAUAUUCUGGCUACUGGUGGUGUCCACAAGCUGAAAGAACUCCUAGUGGUGGUAAAAUUCUUAGAAUUCUCUAUGAAGAAAAUGAUGAAUCUGAGGUGGAAAUUAUUCAUGUUACAUCCCCUAUGUUGGAAACCAGAAGGGCAGAUUCCUUCCGUUAUCCUAAAACAGGCACAGCAAACCCAAAGGUCACUUUCAAGAUGUCAGAGAUACUUGUUGAUGCUGAAGGGGGGAUUAUAGAUGUCAUAGAUAAAGAGCUGGUUCAACCUUUUGAGAUUCUGUUUGAAGGAGUCGAAUAUAUUGCCAGAGCUGGAUGGACUCCAGAGGGAAAAUACGCCUGGUCCAUCCUACUAGAUCGUUCCCAGACUCACCUACAGAUAGUUCUGAUCUCUCCUGAGUUAUUCAUCCCAGUAGAAGAUGAUGCCAUGGACAGACAGAGACUCAUAGAGUCAGUGCCUGACUCUGUGACACCACUGAUCAUUUAUGAAGAAACAACAGACAUCUGGAUAAAUAUCCACGAUAUCUUUCAUGUUUUUCCUCAAACUCAUGAAGAUGAAAUAGAGUUUAUUUUUGCCUCUGAAUGCAAAACAGGUUUCCGUCAUCUAUAUAAAAUUGUAACCAUUUUAAAGGAGAGCAAAUAUAAAAGAUCCAGCGGUGGACUGCCUGCCCCAAGUGAUUUCAAGUGUCCUAUCAAAGAAGAAAUAGCAAUUACCAGUGGUGAAUGGGAAGUUCUUGGCCGGCAUGGAUCUAAUGUCUGGGUUGACGAGGUCAGAAGGCUGGUGUACUUUGAAGGCACCAAAGACUCUCCUCUGGAGCAUCACCUGUAUGUGACCAGCUAUGCGAACCCUGGUGACGCGGUGAGGCUGACGGACCGAGGCUACUCACACUCCUGCUGCCUCAGCCAGCACUGUGACUUCUUUAUAAGUAAGUACAGCAACCAGAAGAAUCCGCACUGCGUGUCCCUCUACAAACUCUCAAGUCCUGAAGAUGACCCAGUUCGGAAAACAAAGGAAUUUUGGGCCACCAUUUUGGAUUCCGCAGGUCCUCUUCCCGACUAUACCCCUCCAGAAAUUUUUUCUUUUGAAAGUACCACUGGAUUUACACUGUAUGGGAUGUUGUAUAAGCCUCAUGACCUACAACCUGGAAAGAAGUACCCCACUGUGCUCUUCAUAUAUGGUGGUCCCCAGGUGCAGCUGGUGAACAAUCGAUUUAAAGGAGUCAAGUAUUUCCGCCUGAACACCCUGGCCUCCCUGGGAUACGUGGUUGUGGUGAUAGACAACAGGGGAUCUUGUCACCGAGGGCUGAAAUUUGAAGGCGCCUUUAAAUAUAAAAUGGGUCAAAUAGAAAUUGAUGACCAAGUGGAGGGCCUCCAGUACCUGGCGUCUCAGUAUGACUUCAUUGACUUGGAUCGUGUGGGCAUCCACGGCUGGUCCUAUGGAGGCUACCUCUCCCUGAUGGCAUUAAUGCAGAGAUCGGAUAUCUUCAGGGUUGCUAUUGCUGGGGCCCCAGUCACUCUGUGGAUCUUCUAUGAUACAGGAUACACAGAACGUUACAUGGGUCACCCUGACCAGAAUGAACAGGGCUAUUACUUAGGAUCUGUGGCCAUGCAAGCGGAGAAGUUCCCCUCAGAACCAAAUCGCUUACUCCUCUUACACGGGUUCUUGGAUGAGAACGUUCAUUUUGCACACACCAGUAUAUUGCUGAGUUUUUUAGUGAGGGCUGGAAAGCCGUAUGACUUACAGAUCUACCCUCAGGAGAGGCACAGCAUCAGAGUCCCUGAGUCCGGAGAACAUUAUGAACUGCACCUGCUGCACUACCUGCAGGAGAACCUUGGAUCUCGUAUUGCUGCUCUGAAAGUGAUCUAACUCUGACUUGUGUAGAAUGCGGUGUGCACUGUCUAACCAAACAAGGAGGGUUAGUCAGUACAGAAGCCAGAGUGGAUGAGCGUACUUUGGUACCUGCCAUGUAAGACCUACUUCUGAAAGUAAAUUUGGUGCCAUGCAGAAAUCUGCAGUUAAUGGAUAGUAAUCUAAUACCUUAACCAUGCACACAGAACUGAGUGACGUAUUUCCAAGAGAUUCAGCAGUACCAUGAGGAUACUGAAAGAAGCAAGGCACCAGCGCCACAUAUUCACACUAGCCUAUUUUCACUUUCACUAGCAGUUUAAGCCUCCUGGACUUCAUUAGUGGAUUUUAUAGUAUACUUCUGAGUUUGUUAAAAAUAUGAUGAUAGUAGUGAUUGGUUUGGUUCAAUUCCAGGAUCUCUGACUAGUUAUGGAUUCGAUAGCACUUCCGUCUAAUCGAGUAGCUUAUGCUUCGUCACUUGGGGUGUAUCCAGCAUGUCAUGAACUAAUUACUAUUAAGCUUAUGACUUUCCCAGUCAUUAAUGAUUUUUCAAGGAUAACUUAGUGACCUCCUAAAGAUACUUACUUGGGCUCUGACAAGUUUUUAACCAAUUUAAACAGCAUCUAGUAUAAAUAAUUCUCCCCUUUCUUUGAUAUGAUGGAGUGGGGUUUCCUUUCACACAAAGACAAGGGACUGUGUAGCGUGAGUCUAAUCACAAGUCUCACGAUCUUGGCAAUUACAGGCAAAAAAUUUUCAAUCAAAUUAUUUGAGAGCUUGAAAAUUAGCAGGCAAGUUUCUUUCUCCUUUUAGGAACAGAAAGUGUAUACAUUCAUUUGUAUUCUGAAAAUGUAAUGCUGCCCAUUUUCAUUUGACCUUUCCUUUACUAAAGUGGUCCAGAGUUUCCAGGAGGUAGAAGGGUUACGGUGGGAAUGGGGAGACCCUGGUGCAGGGAAUGACAGAGACAGGAGGCAGCAAAUCCCUGCUUAAGAACUGAGCAGAAAUAGUUCAGCAGAAAUACUCCUGAGAAGAGCUGGGUCAGUGUCAACUCCCUGAGUGGCUGGGAACCACAACCAGGAAGGUAGGCUUUGCGGCACAGCUGUAGUACAGGGGUGACAUUCAGAGGGGUACUUUUACAAUUCCAGCUUUUGUUAUUUUUCCUUUCCACUUUAGAAACCUUACACAUCUAAAUUUUAACUUUUUUGUUUGUUUGUAUUUUGGUUUUUCAAGAGAGGAUUUCUUUGUGUAGCCAUGGCUAUCCUGAAAUUCACUCAGUAGAUCAGGCUCAGAGAUCCACCUGCCUCUGCCUCUUGAGUGCUGGGAUUAAAGGUGUGCGCCACUACAACCCAGCUAACCUUUUUAUUUGAAUGUAAUUUAGAUAUGGCUAGCUUAAAAUAAAAAGUUUCCAGACCACUUCUUUGCUGUAAGCUAACCCCUGACAAACCAUGGCGCUCUCAGUGCUGAAAGCCUAGCUGACAGAUUUUUUACUCGGCCAUAAUAUUCUCCUGGUUUAGGAGCACACUAGUUUCAAGUGCUGAUUGGUGUCUGCCCUUCAGGGCCUUCCAGUAUUAGAUGGGUCCCAUUGGAGCCAGGCACCUGUGGGUUUGACCCUUUUUAAUCACAAACUCCAGUGUUUAGGAAGUUACAAUAAUUUAAAAAUCACUCCAAGAAAACUUGCUGUGUUUCUUUCUGCCUGCCACAGCAGGUCCCUUCCCAAGAGCAAUCUGCAUUAGUGAGGAUGAUAGCAGUCGGAUCAGAGGUGGGCGGCUCAGGAAGCCUGGGAAUGACAGGUGACCAUGGGCUUCUGUCCUCGGAAAGGGAGGGCUGGUAUCUGCUGGCUGUGUAUUUAUGUUGUAUGAUAGAGUCCACAUUUUUUUCUUAUUGUCUAUUUUGAUUUUCUUGCUUAUGACAUUUUCUCGUGCCAAAAUUUGUUUAUAUUUUUCAAAGUUAAAUUAAACUGCUUUGGGUAACUUUCCUUCCCCUACAAAGUAUUUCCCUCAAGACUUAAGUAUCUGUCUUGACUGUUGAGGGUGGUAUUUGCUGGACCAGCUAGCCUCCAAGGGCUGCUUCUUACAUUCUAAGUAGGAGUGACAUAAAGUAGCUCUCAGCUACCCUUUUGAAAUCUCUCACCCUUCAGUUUGCUUCGUAACAAGACAUCUCUUAUUUUAUGCAAACAAGCCUGAGGAGACCUCACUUAUCCCAGAUUCUUCUUGCCUUCUCUGCUGCUGUCACAGGAAUGCAUUUAUAACUGUGUCAUUUAAAUGUCAUCCUGCUUCUCUAAGGAGGAACGUGCUUUGCUCCCUUGCACAAAGGUGGCGUGACUGACUGGGUUUGCUUGUCUACACCGGUGUGAGAGCCGUCGGUUAGAUGGAGCAAUCAGAAGUCACUCUAACGCUGUCUUCUGACUGUGGGUGUCGAUGAGAAGCAAGAGUCGGUGAAACUAGGGGUUUGAUGGGCUCCGGGAAGCACUUGUUACACAUCUAAGUGGGUUUUCACUUGGUGACAAGUGUGCUCGAGCAGCAGGUGGAGCUCCUCAGCAUCCAGAGCAGCAGGUGGAGCUCCUUGGCAUCCAGAGUGGCAGGUGGAGCUCCUCAGCAUCCAGAGCAGCAGGUGGAGCUCCUCCUCAGCAUCCAGAGCAGCAGGUGGAGCUCCUCAGCAUCCAGAGCAGCAGGUGGAGCUCCUCAGCAUCCAGAGCAGCAGGUGGAGCUCCUCCUCAGCAUCCAGAGCAUCAGGACUCAGGUUCAUCCAGGACCCUGAGCUCGAGAAAUGAAGUCUUGAACCUCUUGCAGAGGCAUGGGCUCCAUCAGUUUGGGUGGAGAUCAGGAACAUGCAUUUCUAGCGCAGCAAGCUUCCUGGGUGCUUCUAGUCAGGGCACUGUAGACUGCUUUAAGAAACUGGUCUGUAAAGAACAGGGUUGGAGUCAGAGAAUGUGUGACUUUUACAUUGGAUGAUUGUUACGAAGCCAAAACAGUAGUCAGGAAAACUGCUCGUCUGUGAUAACUGUUGACCUCUUCUUGCAGAAGCAGGAGCAAGUAACUCUUUAUUGGAGGGAUAAUGGCUUUUCCCAUUCCUGACUCUCCCAAAGCCUCACACAGGAAGAUGCUUCGUGAUGCACAUCUGGCCCUUUAAAGCCAUGAGCCACAGAGGAGGGUGGGAGAGGGGGUGUAUGUUUUUGUUCAGGUGUUUCCUGCCUUUACCACAUGGUUCUCUUGCAGGUGGGAUGAUUCCAGUCAGAGCCAACACUGUUACAGAAUCAUAAGUUUUCCAACUGGAACAAAUCUUUAACAUAACCCAGUGUUCUUGUUUGCUGGGGGAAAAGACUGUUCUAGAGAGAAAAACACACCUGAGACCCCACAGUUGGUUAGUACUCAGAACCAGGCUCCAUCCGUGGCCUGCCUCAUGGUAGUUGUGUAAUAUUUAAGAAAGGCAGGUUUUUAAAAGAAGUGUUUAUUAAUAUAUUCCUAUAAAACAUUUUAAAGGAAACCACAAAAAAUGGUUAAUUUUACCUGUCUUACUCAGUGCUAAGCAUGCUUAUUAAUGAAGCAGUACUUCUGAUGAAUGUGUGACAUCCCAAAGUUAACUGAAAUAAUUACACUAAAUUCCUUCCUUGGUGCCUUGGGAGAUAGGGACACAGAGUGCUUGCAUAGGCCCAGGAGCCCAUCUUACAGCUACAAGAGCCUCAGCCUGGUCUAAACUAUGUAAUGUGAGAGUGUCCUCUCCCAGCAGAUGGAAGGGAACUGGAAACAUCCCCAACUGCUCCCUUCCCAGCCCCACCCCUCCUCGCCUGUCUGCCCUCCUACCUUUAGUGCAAGGAAGGUGCUCAGCUCUAGACAGUUGUUCUGGAAGUCCCUUGCAGACACAGAAGCUGUGUUUGCAUGUUUGGUUUUAAGUAAUCCUAAUACAAAUCUAUGUUUUCAGCACAAUUGGAAUGGGGAGGGUCUUUAAUUUUAGCGCAUAAAGUGCCUGCUGUUUCAGCGCUGACCUGUACAUGAUCUGCAUGUCUCUCUCCAGUAAGCAUAUGGGUCUCCUCAUUUUCAGCCCCAUGGCUUUUAAUCGUGUGAUGUGAAGCAUUAGUCUCGCUGCAUUUUAUUACAGGUUCUUGGUUGCAAUAAAGUUGCUGCUGCAAUGAA